AAACAAGACUCCAACACAAGUUAUGAAGUGUUGGUAACAUGAGUUAUCAAGAAGGAAAUAAUUAUUCAAACGGUGACUUUGCCCCCCAAAGGGGUGUCCAAGAGUCGACAAUAAGAGAGGCAUACGAUGAAGGGGGCAUAAGGGCAGGAGCAGUUCGAGUGGCGCGACUCGCGUACGGCAUUUUAUCCAGACGCAAAGCAGCCGAGGAAGGUGUAGCGAGACUCGCCCGGGUUCUGUCAGCAUUAGAUCUCACAGCCCUUGGAGUAGGUAGCACACUGGGUGUGGGUGUGUACGUACUGGCUGGAGACGUGGCCAAGAAUUAUGCGGGCCCAGCCGUGAUAUUGUCGUUCCUGUUAGCGGCGGUGGCAAGUGUUUUUGCAGGUUUGUGCUACGCGGAAUUCGGAGCACGUGUGCCCAAAGCUGGUUCAGCUUAUGUGUACAGUUAUGUGUGUGUCGGAGAGUUCAUUGCUUUUAUUAUUGGAUGGAAUCUUAUACUCGAGUAUAUAAUCGGCGCGGCAUCGGUGGUGAAAGCGUUGAGUGAAUAUUUAGACUCGUUGCUGGAUAAGGCGAUCUCCACGCAGCUGCACGAGUGGAUGCCGAUGCACUCGCCGCACCUUGCGAAAUAUCCCGACUUAUUCGCUUUCACUGUCAUCAUGACCUUUUCCGUGGCCCUGGCGUUCGGUGUCAAGGAGUCUACGAAGUUCAACAAUUUCUGCACGGGUGUCAAUCUCUGCGUAGUACUGUUCGUCAUAAUUUCUGGCUCAUUUAAAGCGGACAGCCGCAACUGGCGCAUCCCGGCGGCGGCCGUGCCGCGCGGCGCGCGCGACUUCGGCGCGGGCGGGUUCGCGCCGUACGGGCUGGCCGGCAUCAUCAAGGGCGCCGCCGUCUGCUUCUACGGGUUCAUCGGUUUCGACUGCGUGGCGACGGCCGGCGAGGAGGCUCGGAGACCCCAGAAGACGAUCCCCUUCGCCGUGGUUGCCUCUCUGCUGAUAGUGUUCCUGGCCUACUGCGGGGUCUCCUCCGUGCUCACUCUGAUGAUCCCCUAUUACAUGCAGGACGAGAAGGCCCCUUUCCCUUACGUGUACGACCAGCUGGGUUGGCCAUGGGCCAAGUAUGCGGUGAGCGUGGGCGCCAUCUGUGCACUCUGCUCCAGCCUGCUGGGUGCGGUGUUCCCCCUGCCGCGCAUUAUCUACGCUAUGUCGUCGGACGGGCUGCUGUUCAAGUUCAUGGGGAGAGUCAGUGAGAAGUAUCAGACACCAUUGGUUGGGACCAUGGUGGCUGGACUCUUUACAGGUACUCUGGCGAUGAUCUUUGAAUUGGAGCAAUUAAUUCACAUGAUGUCCAUUGGCACUCUACUGGCGUACUCCAUGGUGGCGUCGUGCGUCCUGUUACUCAGGUACGAGCGCAGCCAGCCGCGCGGCGCGCCGGAGCGCCUGCGCGCGUCGUGCGGCGCCGUGCUGCGCCAGCUGCUCAACGGCGCCGGCGACGCCGCGCCCACGCCGCUCAGCGCCGCCCUCGUGUCCGCGCUCGUCACGCUCUACGGCGUCUGGUGUUUGAUCAUGAUGAACUGCGUAAACCAGCACGGGCAAGCUAUUUUGGCCGGAGAAACGGUACCUGUCAUCACCUUUACUAUCAGCACGUCGCUGGUGAUCACCACGCUGUACUCGAUAUCACGACAACCCGUUUCUGAGAAGAAAUUAGCGUUCUCUGUGCCGCUGGUCCCGUGGCUGCCCGGCCUCAGUAUCCUCAUCAACGUGUACUUGAUGCUGAACCUGGACUACAUGACGUGGCUGCGCUUCGCGGUCUGGAUCGCGGCCGGACUCAUCAUCUAUGCUACGUACGGAGCUUGGCACAGCUCGGAGCGACGUAAGAACCUCGAUGCGGUCCAGCUCGCCGAGCUCCACAACGACAGCCAAACCGCGCUGCUCCAGUCCGGCCUCAGCCAGCACGCGCUCGGCUGACAGAGGGAGAAGCAAGAUGCGUCACGUAGAGAUGCACAUGAGACGGAUACAGACGUAGUCAGUCCGUCUGGUACAGUUGUAUCGUUUAUUUCCAGUAUUUGAGAUCUUGAGUGUGUUAGGUUUUAUUGAAAAUGUAUAGUCGUAAAUGAUAUUUGAUAAGCGUUGUGUACUAUAAUGUAAUAUUUAAUACAAUGUUUGGCUGAUUUACAAAUCUAUAACGGUGUGUUGCGAGUGAAGUCUAUAGUAUGCAAAUACAUUGUUGGCUUUGUUUUGUUCCAAGCUGGAUAUAGCAUAGAGUCUCAGUAUAAAAUUAGAUCUAUCUAUCAAGUAAGUGCCUAUGCCUAGACGUAGAAAAAAGAGAUUUGUCGGUGGACACCCAGUUGGAAGUUGGACGAAAUACUAUGUCAGGAUACUUCGAUACAUAGUGUUUAUACUCGUUGUUUAAGAAUAAUUAAUACACAAGAAAUAAAAUAAAAACAGCUUAAGUCAUAAAAUUCGAAUUACCUUGAAUAUAACGAAAAAUUAAAUCUUCAUUAUUAUUUUAACGUAUUUUUGU